UUGAAUCUCAGAAACGUAUGCACUCACUGUGGUUUUGUAAGCGCGUGUCAGGAGAGAAGUCUUGGGUUGUCAGCACUCACCAGUCACCACUCAGCACCGAACUCUGUUUUCUCGAAGACCGACACUUAGAAGCGACACUUUCGUCCUUACGUGCCCUUCAAUUCUCUGAGGAACAGAGAUCGCAGGAAGUGGAAAGGAAGCUCCUGGUUCUUUAGAAGCUUUGAUCAGGCAUAGGCUUUUGUUCUCUUCCUGUUCCUGCAAUAGUUUCAGUUACUGUAACUCUUUGGAUCUUCCACUGAGUUUCCGUUACUGUCUUUUCUGUCUUAUGGUUGUUUAUCCAUUGUAUAAUUGCUGGUUGUGUUGGGUUUUCAAUAAUUUUACUUGAUUGAUUUUUCUUAUCAUCAAUCGUCGAUUCAUCUCUCCCGGAGUUUUUGUUUCUCUGUUUCCCUUUUUGUUUUGGGUGUUGGAUUGGGAUGGAGGAGCGUUACGAGCCAUUGAAGGAACUUGGGUCGGGGAACUUUGGUGUGGCGAGGCUAGUCAGAGACAAGAAGACGAAGGAGCUUGUUGCGGUUAAGUAUAUCGAGAGGGGGAAGAAGAUUGAUGAAAAUGUUAAGAGGGAAAUAAUCAAUCACAGGGCUUUGAGGCAUCCGAACAUUGUCCGGUUUAAGGAGGUCUUGUUGACACCAACACAUCUAGCUAUAGUGAUGGAAUAUGCAGCUGGUGGUGAGCUCUUUGAGAGGAUAUGCAGUGCUGGUAGAUUUAGUGAGGAUGAGGCUAGGUUUUUCUUCCAACAACUAAUUUCUGGAGUUAGCUACUGCCAUUCUAUGCAAAUUUGUCAUAGGGACCUGAAAUUGGAGAAUACACUGUUGGAUGGAAAUGCAACACCACGUCUUAAAAUAUGUGACUUUGGUUAUUCUAAGUCUGCUUUACUACACUCACAACCAAAAUCAACAGUAGGAACACCAGCAUACAUUGCUCCAGAAGUCCUAUCAAGGAAGGAAUAUGAUGGCAAGAUUGCAGAUGUUUGGUCCUGUGGUGUGACACUUUAUGUCAUGUUAGUUGGAGCAUAUCCAUUUGAGGAUCCUGAUGAUCCUAGAAAUAUUCGGAAGGCCAUUGGUAGAAUAAUGGGAGUUCAGUACUCCAUACCUGACUAUGUACGUGUCUCAGCAGAUUGCAGACAGCUCCUUACUCGAAUUUUUGUUGCUAAUCCAGCAAAGAGGAUCACCAUUCCAGAGAUAAAAAAGCAUCCUUGGUUUCUAAAGAACUUGCCAAAGGAACUAGUUGAAUAUGAGAAAAAUUAUGAGGAUCCAAACAAGGACCAACCAGCUCAAAGCAUUGAAGAAAUAAAUCGGAUUAUCGAAGAGGCACGUGUACCUGCAAAAAGUUCCAAAGCUGGAGGACCGUCUUCACUUGGGUUGGUUGACCCUGAUGAUGGGGAGGCUGAUGUAGAAUCUGAGGUGGACAACAGCGUUGACUACGCAUCCCGAGUAUAAUCUCAGUUUGCAUUCUGCUGUUAUGAAGGCAUGCAUCUGUAAAAUAUAUUCCGCAGUAUUGGUAAUCUAAGAAGUACUAUAUUGUUGCCUUUUCUGUAUAGUGUCAUGCUAUUAGACUUGGAUAGAGUGCUGGUUUAUGGUAGAAGAAGUAAUGUUUUGCAAGAUAUACUGGCAGCAGACACUAUCCAAGUAAAUUGAAGUUGGAACAUGGGUCUGGUUUGAUUUUCUUCUGCUUAUAGAUUAACCCAUUAGUCUUGUGUAUUUUACUUUUUUAUAUUGGCUUAAAACUAGUUACAUGCUUGCUUCUCUCUA